AUGGCACUUUAUUAUCGUACCACCAAUAUAUGGACAUUAAAAAAUAUUGGUGAUGCAUUUUUAUCACGAAGAAAUCCAUCUCGAUUAAUUAUCAUUGGUGCAUUUUAUCGAAAUCAAUUGGAACAAAAUAUCCCAGGAAAUUAUGUGGUAAUUCAAUUUCUUGGUGAUGUACAACAAACAUAUCGUUUGUAUUGCUUUUCAACAACACAAAAUGGUAAACAAUUUGUUUACCAAGCUCACAUUCAACGAAUACAUCAAGGGAAGCGAUUUGUAAACAAUAUUUGUUCAAUGGCUGGUUUUAUUGCUGAAUGUCGCGUUACAAGUCAAUUCUUGCCGUUUGUACAAAUAAGUACGAAACGUAAUGUAAAUGAAUCACUUAAAUUACCAAUUGAAAAGAUAUUCGAGAAGAAACGACACAAACUGGUAGUUUGCAUGGCGCCAACAUAUGCGCUUAUGGAAUGGCGCAUAUUGCUUCUUGGCAUUGAAUUAUGGCUUGCACUUGGCGCCAGCAAAAUUAUCAUUCCUAUUCAAUCCAUUUCGAAAGAUGCAUUUGACAUAUUGCAGGAAUAUGAAAAAGCUGGGUUAGUCGUUUUACGUCAUUGGCCGAAAUGGCCUUUAUUAUCAGAUAAAAAUCCAAAUGGUUUAGUCUUAUCAAGAGGAAUUGAGGAAUCUCAUGUGAAUUGUUUAUUUUUUGCUAAGCCAUGGGCUGAAAUGGUAGCAUUCACAGAUUUGGAUGAUAUUUUAAUUCCAACACAACCAUUAAAGGUUUAUUCAACUGCCAAUAUUGAUAUAUUACAGAAUCUUUCAAAUGAGCAUCCACAAGCUGGAUCUUUCCUGUUUGAGCACCGUGACGUACGAAUGGUACUACCCAAAGAUAAACCAAUGUCACCGUUGGACAAUUUUAAUUUCAAUUUUUUAAUUAAUGCUAAUAAGAAGAAAAAAUGUACAGUAUGGCGUAUGAAAACACGAGUUAUUGUGAAUGCAAGUCGCGUGGAUACUAUCAAUAUGCAUGAAAGUGGAAUUAAUCGCUUUGGUUACGUACAAGUUCGAAUUCCGUGUCAUCAAGCACAUUUCUACCAUAUGCGACAUUCGUUUCGAGAACAAACAACAGGGCAAUUUAUAGAUAUGAAUAAUUUAGUACAAUUGCUAAAUAAGAAUUUUCAAAAACGACUCAAAACAACGCUUCGAUUCAUUGCAAAACAGCAAUUGAAUAGUUCUUUGACUGAAACAUUGGAUGAUUUUGAUAAAUGUAUAAUUGAAAUUAACAAAGAGCACUUUAAACUAAAAGUAUCACGUUGCAUGACACCUCACGUUUGCUACCUGAAAUUGAAAAGUGAAGUUAAAUGCAUAGCUUCAGUUGGAAGUUACGAAUUUGCAUAUGCAUCUGGCGAUUUCAUCCUGCGAUUAAUGAGUGCUCGAUUUAUGGACAGUGACCAAAACUGUGAUGCACCAAUUUCAAAAAUUAUUAAAGGCAAUUAUUUUUAUGCUCCAUAA